AGAUGUCAUAUGCAUUCAACCUUGCAAGACCAAAUCGUCUGGUGAAGAUAGUCAAUGUCAAGCUGAAUGGAGAUAACCCAUCACUGAAGUUUAGUUCGGCACGGUCAGAAAUUUUUGUGGAAGGAUCGUUUGAGGUUUUUUAUCGCGGCAGGAGUAACGAUACCUUGAUUACGUAUGAGUCACGAGAAAAGAAAAUGGAAAAUCAAGAAUUUAUCGAUGUGUUGAUUACUGACUUGGAACUUUUGUUGAAUGAAGUCUCCGAUAGAUUGGACGAGUUCAAUGUCACCUUUCGCUGGUGUGGUGUCGAACAAGUGGACUUGGCGCAUUUACAAAAUGUCUAUGAUCAACUAACAUUAAUAACUAGUCACAAAAAAAUCAAUGCAUGUAGUGUUGAAUUGGCAGUCGAGGAUAUAGAUCAAGUUCGCAUUGCUUAUACCUGCUUUGAUCUCCAAACUUUACGCCAUUGUGCGUUUCAUUUUGUUGACAAUCAAUUUGAAGACCCGGCAAAUGCAUUCAGGAGAAUUUUGGAGAUUGACGAGUUGAAAUUUCUGGAUUCAAUCGAAGCACACUUCAAAGUUGAAAAUCUUUCAAUUGAUGGUCUAAUUGCGAUAAAACAGGUUGUUAUUGACUCUGGUAGAAAAUGCAAAGCUGUUAUAGACAAUUCAAACGGAAACAACCUUCAAAACCAAGAAUUGACAAAUAUUUUCGGAGAUUCAAUUGAAAAAUACCAAGAAUGGAUAAUAUGUCGCUGUGAAAAUCUCAAAUGCUACAUUUACGAAUCCCGGAUUGAAAUUCAAACAAAAGAGUGGAAGAGCACGCCUAGUGAGAAAUAUAUGAGAGAUAGAAGAAUGGGAUCAUGUUCGGAAGAUUCGGAAGACGAAGAUUUCAAGUUGUGGAGAGAAUCGAUGGAUAUUCCAAAAAGGAAAACUAGCAGUCGUCCUUCGUCAUAUUUCAAAGAGGAUUCUUCAACUAAUGGAGCAAGCCCAAAAGACGGUCUACCCUCGACCACCGAAGACGAAACUUCUGAACUGCGAAGAAAAUGGAAGACCAUCCCAGAACGUGAUUUCAAUAUGAUGCUUGAGUUGGUGAUUACGAAGAGUUUAAUAGAUUCAAAUUUAGUCCCUUCAACCGAUGGAGAAAGUCGACAUUCAAAAAGCUCUGAGUCAAAUAUCAACAACAAUAUGCUUGAGUUGGAAGCUAAGCGGUCUUUACUGUUUUCGAAAGACGACUCUUCAAACGUUGGAAAAAUGGCGAAGAGGGUUAAGUUCGAAAUUAUGCAGUCUUUGUUGGAUCCUGAAAAUAAUUCUUCGACCGAUGGAGCAGGUCUUUUGGACAAUCUACCUUCCACUUCUGAUAACAGGACUCCAAGAAGGCAAAGACAUUUGGAACACUCUAUGGAAAGUUUCGACAAUAUCAUGCUUGAGGCUGCAAUUAAGCAAUCUUUGUUAGAUUUGAAAGGCGAUUGUUCUGCCGAUGGAACACGUCCGAAGCCCGAUCUUUCUGAUAACAAAACUCGAACAAGUCGGGAACGUUCGGAAAGCUCUGAGGAAAACUCCGACAGUAUUAUGCUUAAGUACGCAAUUGAGCUAUCUUUAUUAGAUUCGAAAGAGGACGCUUCAAAAAUUGAAGCAAUAACGAAGAAGCUUAAGUUGGAACUGGCGAAGCUUAAAUUGAGAAUUACGCAGUCUUUAUCAGAUUCAAAAGACGACUCUUUGUCCAAUGAAGCAAAUCUGCAGAACGAUCUACCUUCGACUUCUGAUAGCAAAACUCCAACAAGUCGGGAACGUUCGGAAAGCUCUGAGUCAAACAUUAGCAACAUCUUGCGUGAAUUGGAAAAUGAGCAGUCUUUAUUAGAUUCGAAAAACGACUCUUCAAACCCUGAAUACAUGAUGAAGAUGCUUAAGUUGGAUCUGGCGAAGCUUAAAUUGGUAUUUUUUCAAGCUGUAUUAGAUGCGAAAGGCAAUUCCGCGACCGAUGAAACACGUCCGGGAGACGUUCCAUCCUUGAAUUCCGAAGGCAGAACACCAACAAGUCGGAAACGUUCGGAAAGCUCUGAGUCAAACAUCGAAAACAUCCUUUUGAAGUUGGCAAUGAAGGAGUCUUUAUUAGAAUCAAAAGACGAUUCUUCAACCAAUGGAGCAAGUCUGCAGAAAGAUCUACCUUCGACUUCUGAUGACAGAACUCCAACAAGUCGGAAACUUUCGGAAAACUUUGAAGAAAACUCCGACAAUAUCAUGCUUAAGUACGCAAUUGAGCUAUCUUUACUAGAUUCAAAAAAGGACUCUACAAAAAUUGAAGCAAUACCGGAGAAGCUUAAGUUUGAACUGGCAAAGCUUAAAUUGGGACUUAUGAAGUCUUUAUCAAAUUCAAAAGACGAUCCUUCAACCAAUGGAGCAAGUCUGCAGAAUGAUCUACCUUCGACUUCUGAUGACAGAACUCCAACAAGUCGGGAACGUUCGGAAAGCUCUGAGUCAAACAUUAGCAACAUCAUGCGUAAAUUGGAAAUCGAGCAGUCUUUAUUAGAUUCGAAAAACGACUCUUCAAACCCUGAAUCAAUGAUGAAAAUGCUUAAGUUGGAUCUGGCGAAGCUUAAAUUGGUAUUUUUUCAAGGUGUAUUAGAUGCGAAAGGCAAUUCCGCGACCGAUGAAACACGUCCAGGAGACGUUCUAUCCUUGAAUUCCGAAGGCAGAAAUCCAACAAGUCGGAAACGUUCGGAAAUCUCUGAGUCAAACAUCGAAAACAAGAUGAUAAAGUUGGCAAUGAAGGAGUCUUUAUUGGGUUCGGAAGACGGUUCUUCAACCGAUGGAGCAAUGGCAAAGAUGCUUAAGAUGGCACUUGUGCAGUCUUUAUUGGGUUCGGAUGAUUAUUCUUCAUCCGAUGAAGCAAGCACGGAAGACGAUCCACCUUCAAACUCUGAUAACAAGACUCCGACAAGUGGGAAACGUUUGGAAAGCUAUGAGUCACGCAUCGAAAACAUCCUUUUGAAGUUGGCAAUGAAGGAGUCUUUAUUAGAAUCAAAAGACGAUUCUUCAACCAAUGGAGCAAGUCUGCAGAAAGAUCUACCUUCGACUUCUGAUGACAGAACUCCAACAAGUCGGAAACUUUCGGAAAACUUUGAAGAAAACUCCGACAAUAUCAUGCUUAAGUACGCAAUUGAGCUAUCUUUAUUAGAUUCGAAAAAGGACUCUUCAAAAAUUGAAGCAAUAACGAAGAAGCUUACGUUGGAACUGGCGAAGCUUAAAUUGGGAAUCACGCAGUCUUUAUCAGAUUCAAAAGAAGAUCCUUCAACCAAUGAAGCAAGCCCGGAAGACGAUCUACCUUCGACUUCUGAUAACAGAACUCCAACAAGUCGGGAACGUUCGGAAAGAUCUGAGUCAAACAUCGACAACAAGAUGAAUAAAUUGACAAUAAAGCAGUCUUUAUUAGAUUCAAUAGACGAUUAUUCGACCGAUAGAGCAAAUCCAGAAGACGAUCUUCCUUCCACAUCUGAUGAAAAAACUCCAACAAAUCGGAAACGUUCGGAAAGUUCUGAGUCAAGUUUCGACAAUUUCAUGCUCAAGUUGGCAAUCAAGACGUCUUUAUCAGAUUUGAAGGACGAUUCUUUGACCAAUGGAGCAAGUCCGGAAGUCGAUCUUCUUUCGACUUCUGACAACAAAACUCCAACAAAUCGGAAACGUUCGCAAGUUUCUGAGUCAAACAUCAACAACAAGAUUGUUAAGUUUGCAACAAUUCAGUCUUUAUUAAAUUCAAUAGACGAUUAUUCGAUCGAUGGAGAAAGCCCGGAAGACGAUCUACCUUCGACUUCUGAUAAAAAAACUCCAACAAGUCGAAAACGUUCGCAAUUCUCUGAAUCAAACAUUAACAGCAAGAGGCAUAAGUUUGCAACAAUGCAGUCUCUAUUAGAUUCGAAAGUCUACUCUUCAAACAAUGGAGCAAGUCCGGAAGACGAUCUACCUUCGACUUCCCAAAUCAGAUCUUCUACAAUGCAAAGACGUUCGGAAAUCUAUCAACAGGGAUUGUCAAAAUUCCACAUGCUACUGUCGAUGGCAGCUGUGCAUUCUGCAUUCGACUCGAGGAAUACAUCAAGCACUGAAGCGGUGCCGGACAACGAUCCAGAUUCUGAAGAUUCUAGGAGACACAAGGAACAUUUCCAAAAUUUGCUCUUAAACGUCAACAACAUGAUCCGUCAUUCAAGAAUUACUCAGAAUUCAUCAGAUUCGAAAUCCAAUUGCAAGAAAGAACAGACCGGGAGUAGUCAUCGAGCGCUAACGAACAGAUUGAUUAUGAGUCUUAUAUUGCAGCGUGUUGGUUUAAAAACUAUCUCAAGUCUUCGCCAAGUCUCUCGGGGUAUUCGAAGAUGUGUAGACGGGAUCAAAUCGGAUUCAAAAAUAGAAGCUCUCGCAAUCUCGUUGGAUACCAUUGACAGAGUCAAAAUCGAAAUGACGGAUAAAACAAUUAAUAAAAAACACGUGUUUCAAACUGUGUACAACGAUAGCUACAAAAAGUUUUGGAAUGAUAAAAAAUCAAUGAAUAUGAAUGAUGAAUACACCUAUCCUUCAUACGAACUUUAUCAUUUUCCUAAUAAUAUUUUUGAACGUGGACAAUACUAUCCAUUGGCAACUGCCUUCUCCAAAUCUUCGAAACAAAACGUUGUUGAGUGGUAUCAGAAGAGAUUGUGCAGUUUCACGUAUAUUUUACGUCACAGUCUACUCAACCAAAAGAAACCAAUCGAAUCAUUUUCCAUAAGUCUUCCCUGGUUCAUUAAUGAGAGGGGUAGUCCAGAAUUCUAUUCGGCUGGUUAUCAUUUUAUUUCAAUGUUUGGCCAUGAAGUACCAAUGUACACCAAGUUUCUUGACCUCAAGAUUGAAAGUCGUGCUUGUGAGCAAUGCCGAAAAACGGAUGAAGUUCGCAAUUUGGCAAGUUGUGAUGUUCACCAAAAGAUGUUUCAAAAGCUUUUGGAAGAAAAUCGAGAAAUAUGCGGACCUAACUCCGGACAUCCGGAUUACCAGAACAGACCGAUUACUUACACACAAGACGAGUACGAACAGAGAAUUGAUCUUUUUGUCAAAUACUUUGAAGACAUCUUGAGCUCAGUUGGUCAUACAAUUCCUGUCGAAGCGUUGUACAUGCAAGCCUGUAAUCAAAAUACAGUGUUGCGUGUUCUGCGGCAUUUGGAUUCACGUUUGUUGAAAACGAUAUCCAUAAAAAUUGUCGAAGAUGAUCAAGACAAACCAUGUAACUGGGUUUUGCCAUUGGAAAUUAAUGAGAUUUGCGAAUUGGAUCAAUGGAAGUUCGCGGAAAACAUUGAAGUAGAACACUUAAUUGACACGGAUGACGUGAGGCAUUUUGGACACUUUUCCGAAGCUAAUUUGAAAUUAACCAGACUCACAAUGGAAGGAAUUUUGAGUUUAAAAAUUACAUUUCUUCGCUCGCACAACUUCAUAAAAUUCAAGGCAUCAUUCGAAACCAGCGAUAUAAAUGUAAAUAUCUUUAGAGAAACGUUGCUGGGACUGGCACAUCUAAGACCUCUUGAUCCAAAUAAGCCGACCGUUUGGUUUUACGAGUAUCCAGAAUCUAAAGGCUACUUUCUUAAAAUUUUGUACUAUGGGCAAGCAAAGAGGAUAAUUUUUUCUCGUGUGGACGCAUGACCUAAUUUAGGAAUUG